GUAAUCAUAGUUUCCAUCCAAAGUCCCUCGCUAUGUUAACAAUGGAGCCUCAGAGAAAAGCUUUGGCAUUAUCUUGGAUCUUGAUCUUCUUCCUUUCCAUUUCCCUGUGUGGGGUGAAGGCAUCAAGUGAAGGGCACCAUGGCGAGCCUCAAGAGGGACCUCUGGUGACGAAGGAUCAGAGGACGACAUUACUUGCCACUGAGUUCGGACAGAUAACCGCCCUUGACAUCAAGGAAGAACCAGAUAAACUUCCUUACCAUCUUCAGUUCAUCACAUUGGAGCCAAACUCGCUAUUUCUUCCUGUGCUUCUACAUGCAGAUAUGGUCUUUUAUGUUCAUACAGGGAGUGGAAAGCUGACUUGGGCAUACGAUGAUGAUACUGGCACGAUCCCUUUACGCGAAGGAGAUGUCUGUAAUCUCAAUGAAGGAUCUGUUUUCUAUAUACAGAGUGACUUAGAGGCUGAGAGAAGGAAACUCAGGAUCUAUGCAAUGUUAACCAAUACAGAAGACAAUACUUAUAAUCCAUCAAUCGGUGCUUACUCAAGAAUCGACCAACUGGUCAAGGGCUUUGAUAAGAGAAUCAUGCAAGCAGCUUUAAAGGUACCAGAUGAUUUGAUAGAAGAAAUCAUCAACAAGAAAAAUACCCCAGCUGUAGUGCAUGCGGAUUCAAAGAAGACGAAUAUUGUCAAGACACUGGAGGCUUCGUUUCUUAAAAAAUUUGUGGGUGUUGGGUCCAGCUCCAAUACUCUCGAAAAAUAUAACAUCCUUGAUCAUGAACCUGACUUCAAAAAUCGUUAUGGUAGGAGCGUAGCAGUAUCCAAAAAGCAACUAAAGUCAUUGAAGCGAACGAACAUUGGAUUUCUUAUGGUGCAGUUGAACGAGGGAUCAAUAAUGGGGCCUCAUUGGAACCCGAAGGCAGCAGAGUUGGCAGUGGCAGUAGCAGGGAAAGGCAUGGUCCGAGUGGUAAACGGAAGCAGCAAUGAAGGUGAUACAGUAAGGCAAAGCAUGAGGUUUAAGGUUAACGCCGGUGAUGCUUUUGUGGUGCCUAGGUUUCAUUCAAUGGCUCAGAUGGCAUUCAACGAUGAACCGUUUGUUUUUCUGGGCUUCAGCACUUCAGCGAAGGACAACCAUCCUCAAUUUUUUACGGGAAAGGGAUCUGUGCUUCACAAUCUAGACAAGCAUAUACUUGCUACCUCUUUGGGUGUGAGUGACAGAACCGUUGACGAACUUCGGCGUUCUCCCAGAGAUUCCAUCAUUUUCGCGUGCCCUUCCUGCGCAGAGGAAGAGGAGAGUACAAUGAAGGAGGAAGAAAGGGAGAGGGAGGAGGAGGAGGAAGAAAGGGAGAGGAAGGAGGAGGAAAGUGAGAGAAAAAGAGAAGAGGAGGAGGAGAGAAAAAGAGAAGAAGAGGAAGACAGGGAGAGAGAGAGAAAGAGGGAGAGAGAGGAAGAGGAAGCCAAAAUACAACAAGAAGAGAGGGAAAAGAAGCGUGAGGAGGAGGAAGAGAGGGAGCAAGAAGAAGGUGGGAGAGAGAAAAAAAGGGAAAGGGAAGAAGAGAGGGUGAGGGAGGAAGAAGAAGCUAAAAGGCAACAGGAGAAGAGGGAAAAGAAAAGAGAGAAAGAAAAAGGGAAAGAAGCAGAAGCCAAGAAAGAGCAAGAAAAGAGAGAAAUGAGGAGACAAGAGGAGGCUGAAAAGGAGCAAGAACAAGAUAAGAGAGGAGGGGAAGGGGAAGAGGAAGCAGCAGCACAGAAGGAGCAAGAACAAGCUAAAAGAGAGCAAGAAAAGAGAGAAAAGAAGCGACAGGAGGAGGAACAAAGCGAAGGAAAAGAAGAAGAUCCGACAUGGUGGGAGAGACCGAGGAGAGAACAGGGGAAAGGAUCAGAAGAAGAAGUAGCAGAGCAGGAGCAAGAACAAGCCAAAAGACAACAAGAAGAAAGGGAGAAAAGAAGAGAGCAUGAGAGUGAUCCUGUUCACUUUGAAGGAAGGAGAGCUUUGAAAGUCAGAAACCUUUGAUUUCGUCUUGAGUCUUGGGCUCUAGCUCCUCCUAUGUAUUACAAUAAGAGCUUUUUUGUUUUUGUCUUUGUUACCUUUAGCAUCCGUUUGUGUUUUAUGCCUUGUUACAAAGUUGAAGACCAAUGUUUCACGAAGCAUGUUGAUGAUGAUGAUAUGAAUAAGUUUACUUUCUCUAAAUGAAGGCGUGCUGCUUCA